AUGUCAGAGAGGGUUGACUGGUUACAAAGCCAAAAUGGGGUGUGCAAAGUUGAUGUCUUUCAACCUGGGGAUAGCCAAUCCCAGGACUGGAAAAUUGAAGUCUCAAAUGAUCCUGUCAGAGUGCUCAGCUGGCUCCGCAAAGACCUGGAAAAAACUACAGCAGGGUUCCAAAGUGUUAGGUUCAAGCCUGGAGAAUCAUUAUCUGAUGGGGAAAUGAUCAACUCAGGAGAUGCACAGAAGGGUUUCACUGUGGACUACUAUAAUACCACCAACAAGGACAAUCCAGGGAGAUUUCAUUUUGAGAUGACUCACAAAGAAAACCCUCUCCCAGGUUCCGGUAUCCAAGAUGAUAAUGCAAAUACAGUGGAUGAAGUUUCCUUCUAUGCUAACCGCCUCACAAAUUUAGUCAUAGCCAUGGCCCGCAAGGAGAUCAAUGAAAAGAUCGAUGGCUCUGAGAACAAAUGUGUCCAUCAGUCAGUGUACAUGGGGGAUGAACCACCCCCUGCCAAAAGCCUGAGUAAGGUGGCAUCAGAGCUGGUGAAUGAGACUGUCUCUGAAUGUUCCAAGAAUACUGCCUCAGAUAAGGUUCCUGGCUCUGGUGACAGAGUCUUAGGAUCAUUGCCGAGUCACGGAAAUAUGAGAUACAAGACCACUUUUAAGAUCAAUGAAUGCAAGGGUCCAGAUGGCAAGCCUAGUUCUAAGAAGUCUUUCUUCUAUAAAGAAGUGUUUGAAUCUCAUAAUGCAGGUGAUUCCAAAGAAGGUGCAAGGUCCUUACCUGGGGAGAGAAAGAUGUACAGAGGGCAAGAAAGGCCUGAUGAUUUUACAACUUCUGUUAGUCAGAAGAUCAUGACCUAUGCUAACAGUGUGGUGUCUGAUAUGAUGGUCUCCAUAAUGAAGACUCUGAAAAUCCAAGUGAAGGACACAACCAUUGCCACCAUCCUGCUGAAGAAGGUACUACUUGGGCAUGCAAAAGAGGUGGUCUCAGAUCUCAUUGACUCCCUCAUGAAGAAUCUCCACAAUGUCACAGGGACCCUCAUGACUGAUACAGACUUUGUCUCAGCUGUGAAAAGAAGUCUCUUCUUUCAUGGAAGUCAGAAGGCCUCAGAUAUUAUGGAUGCUAUGCUGUGGAAGCUAUACAGUGUGAUGUUUGCCAAGAAACCUCCUGAGAAUAUGAAGAAAACCAAGUCUGAGAGUUAUUCCCUUGUCUCCAUGAAAGGAAUGGGUGGUCCUAGAAACCAAAAGGUAAAUUUUGCAACAAUGAAAUCUGAAGGUAAAUUGAGAGAAAGAACAGUCUCUCCUCCAUGCAAACCAGAGAAGACUUGUGUUGAAACUUUGGGUGAACACAUUAUCAAAGAAGGCCUGAGUUUAUGGCAUAAAACUCAGAAUAAAGAAGGGAAAGCUCCAGAUUUUCAGAGUGCAACAAUUCCCAACAGCCAGUAUGACCCUCCCCCAGACUUUCCGCUGGAAUGUCCUCUGGAUCCUUGCAAUUUCAUCCUGCCUAUGCAACACCUAGAGAACCCUGAGAAUUUGUGUGAUUCAGACUCCUGGGCCAAGGACCUGCUUGUAUCUGCAUUACUUCUGAUUCAAUACCACCUGGCCCAGGGAGGAAGCAUGGAUGCACAGAGCUUCCUUGAAGCUGCUGGUAGAACCAACUUUCCUACCAACAAGGCCCCUGUAGUUUGUGCUGAGACCAACCUUAAGUCUUCACAUAUGGAAGGUAACCAAGAAGAAACAGAGAAGAAGGAUCUAAUGAGUGUUUUCUUCAAUUUUAUCAGGAAUUUACUUGGUGAGACCAUUUUCAAGAAUGACGAUAGCUCUGAACCCAACAUGCCAGAACCAAUUAAGGAAGAUCUGUGUGAAAGACCUGUACCCCCUUGUCCCAUUAAAGUGAGUGAAGGUGAUGAGGCUGGUGGUACUCUUGCUGGGCUGGCCAAGAUGGUCACCAGCCACAUGAAUGGGCAGAUGAUAGAACAUCUGAUGGACUCAGUGAUGAAGUUGUGUCUCAUUAUUGCCAAGUCCUGCGACUCUCCCUUGGCCGAGCUGGGAGAUGAUAAAUCUGGGGAUGCCAGCAGACCAACUUCAGCCUUCCCAGAUAGUUUCUAUGAGUGCUUACCAGUCAAGGGCACAGGGACAGCAGAGGCUGUCCUGCAGAAUGCCUAUCAAGCUAUCCAUAAUGAAUUGAGAGGUGUAUCAGGACAGAUCCCUGAAGGAUGUGCAUCAACCAAAGUGGUUGUCAGUAAUCAGAACCUAAUUGAUACAGUUCAGAACAAGCAACUCCAAGCCGUACUUCAAUGGGUAGCUGCCUCUGAGCUCAAUGUCCCUAUUUUGUACUUUGCUGGUGAUGACGAAGGAAUCCAAGAGAAGCUACUUCAGCUCUCAGCUGCCGCUGUGGACAAAGGACGCAGCGUAGGGGAGGUUCUGCAGUCAGUGCUGCGCUACGAGAAGGAGCGACAGCUGGAUGAGGCAGUGGGAAACGUUACACGGCUGCAGCUGCUGGACUGGCUGAUGGUGAACUUGUGA